AUGCCACCUCAGCUAGGUUCUCGAGGGUACGGAUCUGUAGGCGAUCCCGCGACGGCAGCAGCGACGCCGUCAGCGGAGGGAGAGCACCCAUUUUUCGAUGAGGGCGACGACGGAAAGCCGCGGCGAGGCUUGGCGAAGAUCGGGCUGGCGCUUGCGCUCGCGCUAGGGGUAGCCGCCACCAGCCGCGCGGGGGUGCACACCGCGGCAGCAACCCGCAGCAGCAGUAGCAGCAGCACGCUGCAGAGCUUUGUGGACAACAAGGGGAGAGAAACGAGUGACCGGCCUGGGCUGUCGACGACGACACCCCCACCUCUCGCGUUCCAGGCCCGAAACUUGUACCACUUGAGGGACGGCAAGCCGGCCUCGGACUACCCCUGGCUGCGGGAUGUCAAGCUCGUCGAACCCCACCGCGAGACCACCCUCUCUGUCGACGACCCUCGCGAGGGCUUCGAGUACCGCUGGCUGAUCCGCGGCGGCAGCAGCGCCUCCGAGGUUCACACGGCGGCGAGCGGGGCGGAGGCCGUCGUUGUGCUAGAGGCGAAGCACCUGGAGGAGAACCUGGUGACGCUGGAGGAGGUGGAGAUCGCGACGGGAGCGGUCGCCCGGAGGCUGGACGAGUUCGUCAUGGUGAAGUACGUGCGGAGGGAGAUCAGGACCCUCACGGACGAGGACCGAGAGGAGCUGCUUGACGCGAUGCUUGAGCUGUGGAGCGUACGAGUGCAGGACGGCGACGGAAGGGAAAAAUACGGAGAGAACUACUCGGACAUCUGGGCAAUUAAUCGCCUGCAUUUCAAGGCCGCGAGCCCUCAGUUUUGCGAUCACUUCCACGACGGGCUGGGCUUCUUGACCAACCACGGCCUCAUCUCCAACACGUUCGAGAACAGCCUGCAGCAGGUCAACCCCAAGCUGACCCUCCCCUACUGGGACUUCACCAUCGAGUCUUCCACCGCUGGCAUCGCCGCCAACGAGCACUUGGACGACAUGUUUGGCUCCAAGAUAAAGACUCCCUUACUCCAGGAGUCUUGGUUCGGCACAGCAGACCCUACCACCAGAAUGGUACAAAAUGGCCGAUGGGCUAAGGUUGAAGUCCCGAAAAUGAGGGACGGUAACCCAAGCAAGAUCGAGCCGGACGUGUACAGCAAGCUCAGGUCGCCGUGGAACGUCAACGACCGGCGGUACAUAUCGAGGGGGAUGGGGCAGAUGUGCCAUGCGCGUGCGGAAAGCUUCUAUCCUUGGCCCACCUGUGAAUCCCACUACAACCUAGCCACCUCCUUCACCGACUUCUACUCUUGGGUGUGGGAGAGCCUGUACGACCCUCACGGGCCGGUGCACAUCUGGAUCGGUGGCGUGAUGGACUGCGAGGAGACCUACGGCGCCCGCAUCGAAGACCUGGUCGGCGAGGAAACCGCUCUCGAUCUCGCGUUGAUGGCGUUCGUGCACCGCAAGGACAUGUUCCGCGACGGCAUCUUCUCGUGCGAGGGCAGUGUCGCGGUGACGGAGUCCCCCGACGAGGUCUUGGAGUCCGGGGUAUGCGGCUGCCACGGGUACGACCUCACCCAGGGGGACGACUACCUCCAGGUAUUCGAGUCGAUGGUGUUCAUGAAGGAGCUCAUGGGUGACUCGGACGAGGACACCAAGCGGGAGCUUGUGCGGGUGAUCUGCAGCACCCCGAUCAACGAGGGGGAUCACUUGCAGUCGAGCUCGUCGCUGGACCCGUCCUUCUGGUCGACGCACCCGACGAUGGAGCGGCUGUGGAUGUACUCGGUGCUGACGGGGCAGGUUACGGACUUCGAGUGGCCGGACGCCGACGUGACCUACACCGCUUCAGACGGCACGGCCUACUCGCAGCCGAUCAGCAAGUACUCGGAGGAGUGCCUCGGCCACCGCGGGAGCGACAUCUUCCCGUUCGACAUCCUCGCCAACGAGGUGAACGACUUCACGGUGCAGACGGGCAUAAAGGGGAGCCCGCUGGGAGGGGGCAACACCAUGACCAACCGGGAGGUCCUGGCGGCCUUCGACCCCCGGAUCAACGCCCUGCCGUACGUGUACGACACCUUCGAGUGGGCCCACUGCGCGGAGGACGGGUUCGACUUACGCGACGCGUGGCUCGCGAAGGGGGGCGAGGAAACGAGUAGGGGGGUGGGGGCGGGGGGCCAAGCGGUCAGCGUCAAGAAGGGGCCUCGUGCAGGCUCCCGCCAGUCGAUCGGCGGGCGUACGGUGUUCGAGAAGGACGACUUGCCGUUCCCGAUGUACGGCACCCUUAAGGACAAAAUGGCCGACCUGAAGGCGAGAAAAGAGAGUCCAACCGGACGAUAAUGGAGAGUGUAAAGGUUCAGGCAGAUGUAGAGUGAUCGGCCUGGCGAUGAGGGUGAGGGUCGGGUGUGGUGGAGUGUAGAGGUUCAGGUCGGCCUUGUGUUUGAGGAUGAGGGUAUGAGCACAUUCUUGUUGGGGGGCUCCGUUGCGAGCGAGUUUGUUGUAGGCCGUGUGCGUCGAUGUUGACACAACACAAGGCCUUGUGACGUUUUUGGGGGGGGGGCGUGCUGUUUGAUUGUUACAAAUGGGGGAGGGAUCUUGUUCGUACGUGGUUGUUGGCUGUUGCGUAGUUUUUCUUCAGGCUCGGCGUCUUCUGUGCUCUAGAGUGGCGUUCGCCGUGAACGUGGCAAUGGAGACACCAAACCGAGGCGUUUUGAUUUUCUGAGCCUAUAUUCCUUGAUUGUCUCAUCCGACCAGGUGCUUGCGUUGUGGGGCGGCGUGAAUUCGCACUCGUGUACAUGUAUUUUUUUUUGCUAGAGAGGGGGAAUAUUGGCGUAUUCCUCCUGCAAAAGUAGCACUUCCUUCGCUCGCUGUCACUUUUGUCCUGGGUAAACUCGCCUGACAUUGUUUGGGAAAGAACGAGCUUUCGUCGACUUGUUGAUGGUCGUAAGUGCUCUCUCUCUGUCUUCGUGUUGUUUCAUGUACACAAGUACAAACUACAGUAGACAGGUUUUACAACCCUUCCGUGCAUGGUUGCUGAGGGAUGUUGAGGUUUCUUGAUUUAUUGCUGUCGCCUUAUCGCCCCUCUUCUGUGCCAGAGCGAUAGGUAAAUGGGUGCGUCGUGGGGUGGCUGUGUUGACGAAGCAGCAGUGAGGUUUAGCGCGAAUCGACUGCAGCCCGUACGAUGCACGUGUGCCAUGCCUCGAGGGUUGAUUGCGUUGUUUUGUGCUUGGUGUACGACUUGCGCAAUUUCCUCUUAUUUCAAUCCGGUUCCUGAAAUUGGGGAACCUUUUGACGUUGCAUGCUUUUUGACUAAUAUUGUAGUGGGGAUGGGUGGGGUGUUUUUGCUGUGCUGUUUCGAUGCGGGAGACCUCGCUCAAGGUUGGUGAUCCAAUUCAUCGCCGUCAUUUU